AUGGAGCAACAUGUUGGUUUCAUAGAGGAAGGAAAGGAAGAGAUGAUAUAUAGGCUCAAGAAGAGCUUAUACGGUUUAAAACAGGCUCCAAGACAGUGGUACAGGAAAUUUGAUAACUUCAUGCAGAGCAAUAGCUAUGGAAGCGUUACCAGCAGCAUGAACUCAAAAAGCAUAGAGGGUGGCCCGCCGUUGUCGACGCCCACAUGUGUUUCAGAUAGGAUCCCCAAUGAUAAUCCUUCUGGAGAUAAUGUUCCGAUGAUUGAUGACAUGAUUAGCAGAUCAGAGAGGAUUCCUGCUUGGUGGCACACUGCUUUAACCGGUGAGGGACAACGGUUUGAGAGUGCGAAGGAAUUAAGAUUGGCUUUACUAUACUAUUCCAUGGCCAAAAAAUUCGAGUACUUGUUUGCUAAGAAUGAACCGAAGCGUAUUCGAGUCUUUUGUCGGUUCAAGGAAGCCCAAAAUUGCCCGUGGAUGUUAUUUGCCUCUCCAACACAAAAUGAGAACAGACUUGAAAUCAAAACCUUCGUGGACAACCACACAUGUGGGAAUUUUGGCAAUAAUGCAGGUCAAUCUAGGGCGUCACGACAAUUCAUUGCGACCCAAGUAUUACCCACGUUAAAGGUCCGACCAGAUUUACGACCUAUCGACGUACAAAAGGAGUUACUAACUUCGUAUGGGCUUAGGGUCGAUUAUAGCAAGAUAUGGUGGGGUAAAGAAAGAGCACAAGAGCAACUAUAUGGUGAUGCCCAUGAGUCCUACGAUCAAUUACGAUGGUAUGUAGAAGAGGUUAAGAAGACAAACCCAGGUAGCUACAUUCAUGUUGAACAAAAUGAGGGGAGGUUUUCAAAGCUAUUCAUCUGUUAUGCCGCCUGCAUAAAUGGGUUUUUGAACGGUUGUAGACCACUUAUAUUUUUGGAUGGUACCUUUCUGAAAGAUCGUUUCAAAGGUUUAUGGUCUAUUCUCUAUGAAAGGCCAUAUCCAUACAACCCUCCACACAAGCUAGUUAUAAUAUCUGAUGCGGAUAAGGGGAUCAGAGAAGCAGUCAGAGAAUAUUUUCCGGAUGCUAUACACUCUAGAUGUGUUCUGCAUCUAGUUGAGAAUUUCAGGAAAAAGUUGCGGGAUUUGAGUUUCAAGGCAAAGGAUACUCGGAUUUUGGGCAACCUUUUGCAAUCUGCUUGUUACAAAUAUACUAAAGCAGAAUGGAAUGACUAUGUGGAGGACAUUAGACUGGCGGACGAACGAGCCUACAAUAUUGUCAUGAACUACGCUCCAGAGAACUGGGCUAACGCAAUUUUCCCCGGAAUUAGAUAUGGUCACGUUACAUCAAAUGUUGCAGAGUCAUUCAACAAAUGGAUACAUGAGGCUAGGCUUCUACGGAUACUACAACUCGUAGAACACAUACGUAAACAGAUUAUGGUUCGCAUGAAUGAGCGACGAUUAAUGGCUGAAAGUUGGAAUGGAUUUCUUUGUCCCAAAGCUGAACUUGUCCUCAAAGAGAACAUGGAAAAUGGGCGUCCAUUGGAUGUGCGUCAAUCUCAUACAAGAUUAUUUGAGCUUUUUAAAAAGAGCUACGAGCCAAUCCUCUACCCCAUCCCCGAUUACGAGAAGCGUAGAGUACCACGGGAGAAGAUACAGAUCCUACCACCAUUAACAACAAAAAGGAAAGGGAGAAAUAAGACCAGGCGUAUCAACAACAGAACAGUUUACACCAGGCCACUUAAAUGCUCUCGAUGUCAUGUGGAAGGUCACAACCGUAAAACAUGUAAUGAAUCUAUUGCUAACUAA